AUGUAUUUACGUAAAAAAGGUAAAAUCCAACCUUAUAUUUCAUAUCAUCAACCAAGAUUAGCUAUAGCAAGUAUUAUAUGUGCAAUAAUAGGUCAAUUAGGUAUAAUAUUUGUUUCAAUUUUCAACACAAAGAAUUUUAAUUCUGUUCAUUUAUCAAUGGUUGCAAUUUUUAUAGCAUUUUGUUUCUUUGCAUGUUGUUGUGAUUUUGGAGUUAGUUAUAUAUUUGGAUCUCAUGGAAAUAAAUUAGAUCCAAUUCAUACUCAAACUAUAUUUGGAAAAUCAAGAUUUGCAAAUUUAUAUUUUAUAAGUUUUGUUACUAAAAUUAUUUGGUUAAUAGUUGCUAUUGUUUUAGCUGCUUGUUUUGGUUAUUAUAUGAAACAUGAUGAAGAUUCUAUAUCAGCUGCAUUUGAAUGGACAAUUUGUUUCUGGUAUGGUCUUUUACUAGUACUUUGGUCAAUGGAUCUAUUCCCAAGUGCAGUUAGAAAAUAUAGAAGUAAACAUCCUCAAUUAUAUGAAACUAAUCAAUAUGAUUAUGAAAAUCAAAAUGGUGGAUCAAAAUGGGAAAAAGAUAUUCAUAAUAAUGGUAGAUCUUCAUCAGAAUUAGGAGAUCAAUAUACUUAUGUUAAUUCACCAAUGAUGCAAAAUCAAAAAAUAGCAAAUCAACAAUUUGCAAAUGAAGAACCAACUCCAUUGAACCCUACUAUACGUGAUCAACAUUUAGUUAACGAAGAUCCAAUAUUACAAAAUCAAAAAUUAGCAAAUCAACAUUUUGCUAAUCAAGAACCAACUCCAAUACAGCCACAAGAACCAUUGUAUGAAGUAAAUUAUCAACAAGCUCCACCAUCUUCACAACCACAAUAUAAUGAACCAGUUGCUCAUUCUUAUCCAAAUCCAACUAUACCACAACAAUCACAUACACUUCCAAAUUCACAACCAGUAAGUUAUCAGCCGGAUUCUGUACCUAGGUAUUAA